AUGGCAGACACUAAGAUUCAAGAUACAGAGGACGUCAAGAAGAUCCAACCCUUCGACAAUGAAGACCCAGAGGCAGAUAUCAAGCCCGGUACCAUCACAGACCUUGAUGAAGCAGAGCUCUUCCUUCAACAACAUGGCAUCCCGCACUCUCGUCUGAAUGAACUCAUGUCCGAUGAGGCAGCUCUCAAGAAACUCCGCAGAAAAGUCGAUUGGACUCUCAUGCCUCUUCUUUGCGGUACCUACCUCCUCCAGUACGUCGACAAGCAAGCUCUCGGCUACUCAGCCGUCUUCGACCUCUUCACAACAACGGGCAUGACACCGGAUGAAUACUCAUGGAUGGCAUCAAUCUUUUACUUCGCCUACUUAGUCGCCGAAUGGCCAGCAUCCUACCUCACCCAGACAUUGCCUACCGGCACAGUCGUAAGCAGCUUUGUUAUCAUCUGGGGCUCCAUUCUCUGCCUCACCGCCGCAUGCAACAACUUCACCGGUCUCGCCAUCUGCCGCUUCCUCCUCGGUGCCUUCGAAGCCGUCAUCACCCCCGCAUUCAUGCUCAUCGUAUCGCAAUGGUUCCGUCGCGAGACUCAGCCCUCCCGUGCAGGUCUGUUCUACUGCUUCAACGGCUUCGGCGCCAUGUUCGGCGGAAUCAUGUUCUUUGGCGUCGGCCAGGCCAAGGGCUGGGAUGUGUGGCGCACAAUUUACGUGCUCUGCGGCGGACUGACCAUUUGCUGGGGCAUCGUGCUGUUCUUCUUCCUGCCGAACAACAUCCUGACUGCUAAGCGGUACACUAUUGAGGAGCGGGCUAUGCUUAUUGCGCAGAGCGCGAGGAACAAGACUGGUGUGUUCAACCGAAAGAUCAAGUGGAAUCAGAUCCGCGAGGUCUUCGUGGAUGCGCAGAUCUGGCUAUUGUUCUUCUUUGUCCUCCUCAAUGAGAUUAUCAAUGGUGGCAUUGCCAACUUCUCCAAGCUUAUCGUCAAGGGCUUUACUCAUGAUGCGCUGCUUACUACGGCCUACGGUAUCCCCUACGGUGCUUGCAAUGCUAUUUUCAUGUUCACGGGUCCUUACGCGGCAUCCAAAUUCAAGAAUGUCCGCACAAUUGUUAUGUGCGUUUGGCUUCUGCCCACACUGAUUGCUGUGAAUCUCUUCUGGCAACUUCCCCGAACCAACAAGGGCGGUCUCCUCGCUGGAUACUACAUGUGCGCAUCCUUCGUUGGCGCUCUCAUCGUCGCCCUUCAAAUGCCCGCCUCGAACGUCGGUGGCUACACCAAGCGAACCACUGCCACAGCCUUCGUCUUCCUGGCAUACUGUAUCGGCAACAUCAUCGGUCCCCAUGGCUUCAUUGGCUCUGAAGCGCCCAUCUACCAAACUGGCUGCAAGCUCAUCAUCGGUUGUGUCGCAGGCCAAGUUGUCCUCGCGAUUAUCUUGCGUUUUGUGCUCAUUCGCCGCAACCGUCUCCGUGAUGAGAAGGGACCUGUCAUUGAGGAUGAGAAUGCCGCGUUGCAGGAUCUUACCGAUUUUGAGAACCCCAACUUCCGAUACUCGUACUAA